CUGGGAGUAACAGAAUCUGCCGCCGCACUUCCAAAAUGGCAGAUCAUGACUAAAUCGAGAAGAGCUUGGGGGAAAGAAAGCUGUUGGUACUUUAUUCGCAUACAUUUGUUAUAAAAAGCACCAUUUUCUUACCCGACGUUUCUUCUACACGCUGUUUAUUGAAGACUAAAUCCCGAGUUAGUCUAGUUUCUAUUCCCUGAGUAAACAAGUUUCACACCAAGUCAUAAAAAUAUCCAACUAAAUGACUUGUGCUGGAGGUCAUUUAGCUUAAGGGAUUCUUUUCAAGACACUUAUCUUGAUUCCUCAUUUGGCUCUUACCAACCUAAAAUAAUGGCGGAGGAUCCAGGUCACAAAGCUAUGUUAUAUUUCCUUGAGGUGUUGAUGAACCACAGCCCUUCACCACUCAGUAUUAGCCAGUUGGCUGGUCGCUUUGGCAGUCGAAAUUUUACAUCUGAAAUGCGGCAUGCUGCAGGUGGCAAUGAGGCUGGGUUAAAAAAAUUCCUGCUUAAAUAUCCUUCUCUUUUCACUGUAAAUGGUAAUCUUGUGUGUUUAACAGAUGGUACUUGUUGGAGUAGUUCAGUAAAUAACAAUGUUCGUGAUAGUAGUCCAGCAUCAUCUUCCUCAAGUUUCAGUCUUCCUGAAGUAUCCAUUGAAACAGAAGCCGUUCAAUAUUUUCGUAGCAAAUUUCUUAAAAAGGGCGAAAAAUGGAUGGCUACCAAAAGUCUAGCUGGUCAUCUGUCUCAGGCUUCUGCAGAAAUCCGUGAGUGUGUUGGUCCACAGAAUGAAUUUGAAGACUGGUUGCAUAAACAUCCUUUAAUUUUUGAAGUGAAAGGGGAUAUUGUUUGUCUUAAGGACAAUAUGGCUUGUAGUCCCUUAAAGUCAGAAUCAGACCAGACUGAUGAUGACGGUAGACAGUUUGCAGGGGACCCUGGUAUGCUUUCUAUGCCAUUGACACCUAAAUUAAAAAAUAGACCUCGCAGCUUAAAUAUAAUGGAUGCCAAGCCAUUGAAGUCACCUGGCAUAUUGAGUUCCAAGUCUGGGCCUAUGACAAUGACUGCUAAUGAAUACAAAGCUGUUAUGUUUCUGAAAAAUAUUAUUGAGAAGAAAGGUGACAUAAAGCUUAACAGUCUUAGUGGCCAUUUUAGUCAAGCACCAGAGAGUUUGAGGAAUACAAUUGGAUGGAGUAAAACUGAAUUGGAAAAAUUCUUGAGGCAGCACUCAAACAUCUUUGCAAUAUCUGAAGAUGAGACGGUGUCAGUGAUUAAAAAUACUCGAUUAAAUGUUGUAAUCACUGGCAGUAAACCAACAUGUCCAAAUAAACCAACGAUUACCAAUAGAAAAGGGAAGAUAUAUCAUGUUGCUAAACUUUGGGGUAUCAUUGAUUUAGGAAGGCAUGAACAUGUUUUUAUUGACCGUUGCAUCUUUGGCCGCCAUAUAGAUGAUUUGAAUAGACUUUUGUCUGUUGGUGAAACUGUUUGCUUUGAUGCUAUCCCAGCUCCAAAGGGCAGUCGAGCUAGGUGGCGUGCCACUCGAGUAUGGAAGGAAAAUGAAUCUAUUGAGGAUAUGAUUGACCGUCUUGCUGAAAGACUCCAUUUGCCUUUGGAUGGAAGAUCCAGAGAUCCUGGCACUCCUCUCGGCAACAUAGACGAUGAACUGAAGAAAGUAAUUCCUGACUUAAACGACAACAACAUCCUCAAUUCACCAGUCACUGUGGGAGGUUUGAGGUAUGCUUUCUUUGAUGCAGCGCCUAGUGGUGCCGGUGUAGUGCCAGUUUGGAACUUCAAAUCUGUGGAAUUAGAAGGAAUGAAAGACAUAGAUGAUCUUGAUCUAAGUGAUGAGGCUGGUGGUGAUGCACAGAAUCCUUCUAUGGUAGCUGAACGAUAUUACAUGAAUCAGUCUGUUCUUGGCGACAGUCCUCGUGAUUCCAGAUGCCAUAAUGGUGAAAAAGAACCUUUCAUGAAUGGACUGAGCAGCAACACCAAUACAAUACUUGAGAAUGGAGAUAUGUUAAAUGGGCAAUCUGCUGAUAAAUACGGUGCUGAUGUUGACUUGAGCAACGAACAAACUAAUGGUAACAAUAAUAAUUGCUGUACAAAGCAAAUUGAUGCAUCGUGCCAGACAAUUGUCACUGGGGAUAUUCUUGCAACACAAUUCUUUCAUGAAGGUAUUUAGCUCUUAGUUAUUCUGUAUUAGCUAUAGGAGUUAAGUGAAGCAGCAGGGAGGCUAUGUACAUUUUCUAUAUUCAGUUUCUAAACUCCUUACUUAGAUAACUUUAUGACAUUUAAUUUAUAUCAUUAUUUAAUUUUGUCAUUUUUUGUUAUCUUCCUCUUAAAUCUGUUUUCAUUUUUUUUUUCUUUUAAAGCUAUAGUUUUUAAUCCAAUUUCUUCCCUGCAUCUGAGCUAGUACAUAAGACAUACAUACUCUUGAAAUACUCUAAGAUUUGGCCUCUUUCCAAUGUUUACCAUUGUAUCUGUGAAGGUAUGGCUGAUGUUUACCUGCCUUUUUGGUUUCAUGUGCCUUCUAAAGACAAAAAUCAUCUCGUAUGCUUGUUAACAACUAUUACAUUUUUCUUUAUGAAAACAAAAGAAACAAAAAAAAAUUUAAAAAAUAAAAUUUUUGAACUAUUAAAGCCAAAAAAAAAUUAAAAAAGUAAACUUUAUGCACAAAAUAACACUUUGAUUAGCAAUUUUGAAAUGAAAAUGUUUCGAAUUUCAAAAUUUGUAUUUAAGAUUUUAUCCCUAAUGAACAAUUUUUUCAUUUAGUGAAUUGAAGAAAUAAAGUUUGUUGCGAAAGUAUUCGAAAGAAUACUCCCUGAACACUGUUACACACAUAUACACACACACACACACACACACACACACAAGAAAAAAAAAAAAAAAGACCUGAAAUAGCCUGCAAAAGUUAAUUCCAACAAUCAAAAUUACUGAUUUUGUAGAAUCUUCUUCAAGAGGAAAAAA